GGCUGAUCGGCACAGGGGCGGUGAUCCCGGGCAGGGCGAGCCGGGGGAAAGCGGAGGCUGCGGGCACGGCUGAUCCGCACGGGCGGCGGCGGUGAUCCGGGAGGCGGCGGCGAUCCCCGGCGGAGGCGGCGGCGGUCCCGGACGGCCUCACCAUGAAGCUCAUCAUCCUGGAGAAUUACUCUCAGGCCAGCGAGUGGGCGGCCAAGUACAUCCGCAACCGCAUCGUGCAGUUCGGGCCCGGCCCCGGGCGCUUCUUCACGCUGGGGCUGCCCACAGGCAGCACCCCCCUGGGCUGCUACAGCAAGCUGGUGGAGUACUGCCGCAACGGGGACCUCUCCUUCAAGUACGUGAAGACCUUCAACAUGGACGAGUACGUGGGCCUCCCGAGGGAUCACCCAGAAAGUUACCAUUCCUUCAUGUGGAAUAACUUCUUCAAGCACAUUGACAUCUCACCAGAAAACGUCCACAUCUUGGAUGGAAACGCCCCUGAUCUCCAGGCAGAGUGUGAUGCAUUUGAGGAGAAAAUCAAAGCAGCUGGCGGCAUCGAGCUCUUUGUUGGAGGCAUCGGCCCCGACGGUCACAUCGCCUUCAACGAGCCGGGAUCCAGCCUGGUGUCCAGGACACGAGUGAAGACCUUGGCCAUGGACACCAUCCUGGCCAAUGCCAGGUUCUUUGAUGGUGACCUCUCCAAAGUGCCCACCAUGGCUCUGACAGUUGGAGUAGGCACUGUCAUGGAUGCCAGAGAGGUGAUGAUCCUGAUCACGGGAGCCCACAAAGCCUUUGCUCUGUACAAAGCCAUCGAGGAUGGUGUGAACCACAUGUGGACGGUGUCGGCCUUCCAGCAGCACCCCAACACCGUGUUCGUGUGCGACGAGGACGCCACGCUGGAGCUCAAAGUCAAAACAGUGAAGUACUUCAAAGGUUUAAUGAUGGUUCACAACAAGCUCGUGGAGCCCUUGUACAGCAUGAAGGAGAUGGGAGCAGAGAGAAGCCAGUCCAAGAAGCCAUACAGUGAUUAAUGUGCUGGGGCAGUGCUGAACCAGCUGCUGAAAACAGCUGGGACAAAAGGGAAUUGCUGCAGAAACUGAUCUCAUAUUUGUUCUUAAAUUAGCAGAAUGAUCAUGUGGUUCCUUCUCUCCAUUAAAGAGACAGAUGCCAAACACCUGCCUUAAUUAACCAAAGGAGGAUGGGAGCCAGUGUUCUGUAUUCCACAAACUUCUGCCACCAACUCAUUCUCUGAAGGAAAUGAAGAAUGAAUUGUUUGAUCUGUGAACUGGCUGUAAUCACAGACUGAAGGCUGCAGAACUGAAAUGUGAGGAUAAAUGAAAGUACAAUGUUUCAGAAACAA